CCACUCGUCCCCGCCCCCAGCCCGUCUCCCGGGGCCGCGGCCUGCCGCUUUAAGGGGCUGCGGCUGAGCCGCGCCUCCGGCCGGUUCCUGGCUCGUGAGAAGUGGGGCCGCUGCGCCGAGCCGGGAGGCGGCGGGAGAGGCCGAUAGAGGGUGGAAAAGUCUUGCAAAAAUUAAAAGGAAGAACAGAGGAGGAAUGCCUGAUUCAUGCGCAGAUUGCAGCAUACCUGAAUGCCCCCAAGACGGAGUCAGCUCAAGAUUCCAAAAAAUGGAUGUCCAUAACUUACGAUAUAGUUCUGCUUUGGUAUUGCUGACUCAAACCACAGAAGCCCAAAGAAGGGGGGAAGUGGAAUAAAAUACUCAAUUAUCAAGUGCCAGAGGAAAAUAUCAAACUGUCCAAUGAAAACUACUGUUACUGAGGUGUAGAUUGCUCCUGCAGUGUAUAAAUGAGUGUGUGCAAAAAAGCUGUGCACUAAAAGCCUACCAAUCCUAGUAUUUGCCAGGUUUCUUCACUGAGAAGAACUUCAGACUAAAAACCUUAACUCUUGCUUUUAAGAAAAACAAGUCAACAACAACAAAAAAACAGGAAAAGAGUCAGCAAGGAUUCACAAUGUUUCUGUCUUGUUUUGGCCCAGUCACCAGAAUAUUAUGGGAAUUGUAUCUGAUGGCAUAGAUUACAUUUUUCCUUUUCAUCAUGGAAGUUAGUGAUUUUAGACUUUGUCGGUGCAAUAUCAAAUGAUUAAGACACAUGCUGAAAGUUACUUUUUUUUUUGGCUGACAUAACUUUGAUGUGACUUUAAAAAAAAAAAAAAAACAUGAUUUCAUUCCCUUUUUAAGUCUUUGUGGGGAUGCUCUUGGAAAGGUAUGAAAAAGAAAAUCCGCUUUUUGGUGGGGGACCCGAAAUCUUAUAAGAAUGCCCAGAAGGGGUUUAAUAUUUCAAGCCAGGACCCGUUGGCUAUUGGUGGGUCUUGCCUUACUAUUCAGUUUAAUGUUGUUCAUGUACCUGCUUGAGUGUGCUCCACAAACAGAUGGCAAUGGAUCUCUGCCUGGCGUUGUAGGGGAGAACUUGGGUAAAGAAUAUUACCAAGCUCUUCUACAGGAACAAGAGGAACACUAUCAAACCCGGGCUACUAGUCUGAAGCGUCAGAUUGCUCAGCUAAAACAAGAGCUUCAGGAAAUGAGUGAUAAGCUGAAAUUGCUGCAGGAAAAAAAGAGCCCAAGAGUCAAUGGCAUGGGCUACCAAGGCACCAAAGAACAAGCAUCCAAUGAUCUCCUAGAGUUUCUUCAUUCCCAAAUUGACAAGGCUGAGGUGAGCAUCGGGGCCAAGCUACCUAGUGAAUAUGGUGUCAUUCCUUUUGAAAGCUUUACCUCCAUGAAAGUGUUCCAGUUAGAGAUGGGGCUCACUCGACACCCAGAGGAGAAACCUGUUAGAAAGGAUAAGCGAGAUGAGUUGGUGGAAGUUAUUGAGGCUGGCCUAGAGGUAAUCAAUAAUCCAGAUGAAGAAGAUGGACAAGAUGAUGAUGAUGAAGGAAUAGGAGAGAGACCGCUCUAUAAUGAAAAUGAUUUCAUAGAAGGUUAUUAUCGCACAGAGAAAGAUAAAGGAACACAGUAUGAAUUGUUUUAUAAAAAGACCGAUGUUAUGGAAUACAGACAUGUCACACUAUUCCGACCAUUUGGACCCCUCAUGAAAGUGAAGAGUGAAACAGUUGACAUUUCCAGAUCAGUUAUUAACAUCAUUGUCCCUCUUGCUGGAAGAACUGAGGCAUUUGCACAAUUCAUGCAAAACUUUAGGGAUGUGUGUAUUCAUGAGGACAAGCGGAUUCACCUCACAGUGGUAUACUUCGGCCAAGAUGGGCUAUCUGAAGUGAGGAGCAUCCUGGAGUCAGUAGCUCGAGAAACUAAUUUUCACAAUUACACACUGGUCUCCUUGAAUGAGGAAUUUAAUCGUGGGCGAGGACUAGACAUGGGUGCCAGAGCUUGGGAAAAAGGCGAAGUGUUAAUGUUCUUCUGCGAUGUUGAUAUUUAUUUCACAGCUGAGUUCCUUAACAGUUGCCGCUUGAAUGCUGAACCCGGCAAGAAAGUUUUCUAUCCCGUGGUAUUCAGCCUUUAUAAUCCUGCUAUUGUCUAUGCCAACCAAGAUGUACCACCGCCUGUGGAGCAGCAAUUGGUACACAAAAAGGAUUCUGGCUUCUGGCGGGAUUUUGGCUUUGGAAUGACGUGUCAAUAUCGGACAGAUUUCCUGACUGUUGGGGGGUUUGACUUGGAAGUGAAAGGCUGGGGUGGAGAGGAUGUUCACCUUUACAGAAAGUACUUGCACGGAGACCUUAUUGUGAUCCGGACCCCAGUCCCAGGCCUGUUUCACCUCUGGCAUGAGAAGCAUUGUGCUGAUGAGCUGACUCCAGAGCAGUAUCGCAUGUGUAUCCAGUCUAAAGCCAUGAAUGAAGCAUCUCACUCGCACCUUGGAAUGCUGGUCUUCAGGGAGGAGAUUGAGACCCAUCUCCGUAAACAGGCCUAUAGGACUAACAGUGAAGCAAUAGAUUAAAAGGAUUUUUAAUGCAAGACCGAAGACUUUAAACUCACAAUGAACCAGCAUCAUUCUACAGCCUUAAUUCAGCUUACAAAUUCAGUGCCUCUUUCAGUGAAGAAGAGUUUUUAACUUUUGUCUGGUAUUCUGUUACCUACAUAUCUCACCAGUUCAGGCACCUGAGACAAGAACUUUUGAAAGUAAUUUUUUCAAUGAAAGGUUCUACAGUAUUAACUUUAUGGACAAAUAUAGCAGCAGAAUGUAUGACCGAACACUCUUUCACCUCUGAUAUUUUUUUUUUCAUAUUUGCAUUAUUGUAAGGUAAGGAUUGCAUUAAUGGACAAUAUUUUGUCUUGUCUGCCAAGUAUUGUUACACUUUGUCUUGCUCAUUACACUGUAACUUUAGAUAGAUACCAUACUUACACAUUCCAGGAUAAAAACUAAACACACAUGACCAGGAAACUCAUU